GGAAGCCAGAGGAGUCUUACCCUAAUGUAAGAUGGUUGCCCGUCUGGCUGUGGAACCCACCGAAAGCAGAGGGUGUCUCUCUCAGCCGUAAAGGUCGGACUCGCUGAAGCAAUCAGGCCCGGUUCUGGAGAGUUUUUUCCUCGACACUCGUCCAGUGGUCUCUUGUGAGGACGCGGCAGCUCGUGGAGUCGGCUAAGGGAAAAGCGAGGCAAGGCAGGCGGGUCUUUGAAGUUCUACAUUUUAAUUAUCAGUGCUGAACUUAUUUCUCCCUUAAGUUAUUAUAAACUUUUGCUGCUGUUUAAUAAACGUGAAGAUGUCUCGCAGUCCUGAUGCGAAGGAAGACCCUGUGGAAUGUCCUCUUUGCAUGGAGCCCUUGGAGAUAGAUGAUAUCAAUUUUUUCCCUUGCACCUGUGGCUACCAGAUUUGCCGAUUUUGUUGGCAUCGAAUUCGCACUGAUGAAAAUGGGCUUUGUCCUGCAUGUAGAAAGCCAUAUCCAGAAGACCCAGCAGUUUAUAAACCACUCUCCCAGGAAGAACUGCAAAGGAUAAAGAAUGAGAAAAAACAGAAACAAAAUGAGAGAAAACAGAAAAUAUCAGAAAAUCGCAAACAUUUGGCAAGUGUACGUGUUGUACAAAAAAACCUCGUCUUUGUCGUAGGUCUGUCUCAGCGCCUAGCAGACCCAGAGGUUUUAAAACGACCAGAAUAUUUUGGGAAGUUUGGUAAAAUACAUAAAGUUGUCAUCAAUAAUAGCACAUCAUAUGCAGGUUCACAGGGUCCAAGUGCCAGUGCUUAUGUAACCUAUAUCCGGUCAGAAGAUGCUCUCAGAGCCAUACAGUGUGUCAACAAUGUGGUGGUAGAUGGCAGAACGCUUAAGGCAUCUCUAGGUACAACAAAAUACUGCAGUUACUUCUUAAAAAAUAUGCAGUGUCCAAAGCCUGACUGCAUGUAUCUACAUGAAUUGGGGGAUGAGGCGGCCAGCUUCACAAAAGAGGAAAUGCAGGUAGCAGGUAAACAUCAAGAAUAUGAACAGAAGCUACUACAAGAAUUAUAUAAAUUAAAUCCCAAUUUUCUUCAACUGUCUACGGGUUCAGUUGAUAAGAAUAAGAACAAAGUGACCCCACUGCAGAGGUAUGAUACCCCCAUUGACAAACCUUCAGAUUCUCUCAGUAUAGGGAAUGGUGAUAAUUCCCAGCAGAUACCUAACAGUGAUACACCUUCACCGCCACCUGGUUUAUCAAAAUCUAACCCAGUCAUCCCCAUCAGUUCAUCCAAUCACAGUGCACGCUCUCCUUUUGAAGGGGCAGUGACUGAGUCACAGUCGUUAUUCUCAGAUAACUUUCGCCAUCCCAACCCUAUUCCAAGUGGGCUUCCUCCUUUCCCCAGCUCCCCACAGACAUCUAGUGACUGGCCUACAGCACCAGAGCCACAGAGCCUCUUCACAUCAGAAACAAUCCCAGUAUCAUCCUCUACAGACUGGCAAGCAGCAUUUGGCUUUGGUUCUUCUAAACAACCAGAGGAUGACUUGGGUUUUGAUCCCUUUGAUGUCACUCGAAAAGCCUUAGCAGACCUGAUUGAAAAGGAACUAUCAGUCCAAGACCAGCCUUCCCUUUCACCCACAUCUCUUCAGAACUCCUCUUCACACACUACAACCGCCAAAGGUCCAGGCUCUGGAUUCCUGCAUCCUGCUGCACCUACAAAUGCCAACUCUCUCAAUAGUACCUUUUCAGUCUUGCCACAGAGGUUCCCUCAAUUUCAGCAGCACCGAGCAGUUUAUAAUUCAUUCAAUUUUCCAGGCCAGGCAGCCCGCUAUCCUUGGAUGGCCUUUCCACGCAAUAGCAUCAUGCACUUGAACCACACAGCAAACCCCACCUCAAAUAGUAAUUUCUUGGACUUGAAUCUCCCGCCACAGCACAACACAGGUCUGGGAGGGAUCCCUAUAGCAGGGGAAGAAGAGGUGAAGGUUUCGACCAUGCCACUGUCAGCCUCUUCCCAUUCAUUACAACAAGGACAGCAGCCUACAAGUCUCCACACUACUGUGGCCUGACAACAGAACUGAAAGGAGAGGAUUAGACUCUGGGGUGCUUGCAUGGGCAACCGGAUUUUUGCAUGAUUUCUUUCUGAUUUUGCAUUUAAUGUAUACACCCAAAAGAGCCAAUAUAAACGUUCCUCAUGCCUACAACUAGUGUGUUACCUCAUAGUUGCUGAAGUAUGUCUUCAUUAGGCCUUUAACACAAUUUAUUAGUAUAAUAAUUUUGGCAUUGUUUCUCAUGAGUGAUACGAUUUUUAACUCAAAAAUAAACUUGUAGUACUAAUUAAGAUUCCAAAUGAGAUUAGCUAGAAUUGUUCUUAUUUUGGCUCUAUUAUUGAAAAUAUGCAAAGAUAAUGGUAGUUCCUUGUUUUUUGAUUUGUGAAAAAAUGGUAAUAUCCUAAUAUACUCAUGAAAAAUUUAAAAAUUAAGAAGAUAAUGUCUAUUGCAUUCUUUGAAUACUUAAGAAAGAAUACAUAUAAAACAAAAUUGGUGGUGUCAUUUAAUUCUCAGAAGGAUGUUGUCAGCAAUUGUUUUUAGUUGUAUAGAUUUAUGUCCUAAAUUAUGCAUUACAUGUUUAGAAACUGUUUUUGUUGUCUCUCAUUUGCACAUUUGCACUUUCUUUUUGAAUGGUUGUUAAUUAUUUAUAGACGGUUAAAAUAAUCAAUAUAGACUAAAUGCAAUAUAAUCUCUCUUCUAAUGCACUGCCUAGUAUACCAGGAAGUGCCUCAGAAACAGAAUUGCAACUUACAGUUGAUUCUUAUCAGAAACUUGAAUAUGGGUAGACAUUGUAUGUGAGAAGCAACCAUAGUAGUGUAACUUUUUUCUUUGAACAAACGGUACUUCUGUGGGAUAUCUGUUUGGGAAUUUCAUUGUUUAAACUAAUUGAAAUGUGAUAAUAAAACUAUAUUAUAAGUACUUGACCAGAAUGGGACUAAGGUGGAAGAGAAGAGAUUGGGGAUCCUCUAAAAUUAGGCCACGUAAAUUGUCAUAGAUCAUUUUAGUUAACCACAGAGUAGUGGAGUACUUUAUUAGGACAUAAUGUGAAGUGAUAUUUUUGGAUAAUACAUAAUUUCUUGAAGUAGUUUUAAAAUUUAUAAUGAAAGAAAAUAAGUUGAAUUCAGUUGUAAGCAGUGGACAAAAGCUGAUUCAGAAAUCAUGUUCUAAAUGAAGCAGCUGGCAAGAAGGGAAAAGCCAGAGCACCUCUUGAAGUUUUCAGAAAACAAUUGUGACUUAAAAGAUUUGCCUUCAUUUGUUAAAAAUAUUAAAAGGGUAAGGUGAAUGCCAAAAAAGGAAGCAUAGAGAUUUAAAGUAAUAAUAAAACACCUUAUGAGGAGACACUUAAUAUGUUGGAGUUGGAGUUUUGAAGGUUACCUCUCUAUAUAAAGUCUGGUUACUUUACAUUAGUUUUAUAAGUUAAAUAGCUUUGUCCUGAGAUAUAGUGGGGUAAACUAAAAUCUAUUCUUAGGUAUCCUUUGAUUUGGUUAACUGAGGUUGUAGAAACAGCUACUUACCUAGCCAUUUAAUUUAUUUUUGUAAAAUUCUUCAACAAUGACAACCUCUAAUUUUUUGAAAGUGAUUUUAGGAUAGCAUUAUAAGAAAUUUAGAAAAUACAAAUGAAAUAUUGUAGAUUUAUUAGAAGUCUUUCAUCAUGGGCUAAUUAUGGCUUCAUUUUUGCUGUAAGAGGCAAAGACAUCUUUAAUGUCUCUUGUGGUGCUAAGGCUCUGGGCUUUGUUAACAGACUUGAGCUCCCUUGAAUGAGGCUUAGUAGAGCAUAGCUUUCUCCAGCCUUCAAGGCAAGCCUUUCAUCUCCUAGAUCAGCUCCUCUUUACUUCUCCGUGUUGAGAGGUAGACCUGUUAAACAAGGCUUCUUUCCUGUGGUAACUUUCUCUCUCCUUUCUCAUUCCUAGCCAGUGCCAAAAAACUGUCAGGUAGUUUGCCCAGAUUCGCUAGAACCCUGAACUGUUUUCCUGCCUCCUCCUCCUCCCCGCCUCCCCACUUCCGCAGACAUCAUAUGUCAGGACAGCGCUUCUAAAGCAAUUAGGCUUCAAUUUAUAUAUUUUCACAUAGAAAGUUAAAGAUUAUCCUUUAACUAUCUUUGUAAUUCCGAGGUCUUGGAAGCCAAAGAAUAACAAGCCUCACUGUUUUGCUUACUUAGUAUUUCAUAUAAUAUGAUAUUUAAAUAAAGUGAAGUCUUAUAAUCACAGUCAUGAUUAAGUAUACUAAAGCACAGAAGAAAGUAUACAACACAUAGAAGAAAGCAUCACCUCACAUAGCAAGCAAACUGAUGAAACCAAAUGAUGGUAAAGAAUGAGAAAUUUUAAAAAUCUUCAAAUUAUUUUUGAUAAAUUCCUGCAUCAUUAAUUUAUCAUGCAUAGGGGAGAUUUUGCAUGCUCUUACCUACUUAACCUUUAAAAGGUGACUAAUAUAUCCCUUAGAUUGGGAAUUAUACCUGGAGUCCAGAACUCUUUAGUUGUACUUAUGAGUUUGUGUGUAUGUACAUCUGUCCAUUUUUUUUCUGGGUAGAAGACCCAUAGUUAUUAGGUUUGUGAAGGGUUUGGUGACACCUCCAAGAAAAAAAGUUAGGAACUUCUAUUUUUUUUUUUUAAUCCUCACCUAAGGAUAUUUUUUCAUUGAUUUUUAGAGAGAAUGGAAGAGAGAGGGAAAGACGGAGAGAAAUAUCAAUAUCGAUGUGAGUGAAACAUCGAUUGGUUGCCUCCUGCACAAGGCCCAGGCCCAGGAGGAGCCUGCAACCGAGGUAUAUGCUGUUGACUGGAAUCAAACCCAGGACCCUUUAGUUCGCAGGCCAACGCUCUAUCCACUGAGUAAAACCAGCUAGGGCAGGAACUUCUAUCUUGAAAUGUUUUUAGUGUCACUGUAGGAAAAAGACAUCUAGACUGAUUUUAGUCAUAUGAUGAAUGUCAAAUGCCUCUUUCUUUUCUUAACGAUUCCAUUAGAAAAUGUUUUCUGAUUAAUAAUUCUUUUCAUUCUGCUGUUGCAUUUUAUUUUUCUAGGUGGUGCUUUUGUAUACUCUCCCCUUAUUUCAACGACGCAUUAAUUAUUUGAGUGCCUAUUCUGUGUAGUGACCUGAACUAGAUCUUGAGGGAUACAAAGUUGUGUGAAGUACAGACCCUGUUGUCAAGGAUAACAAUAUAGUAACAGUUUUAUUGCAAAUUAUUCUUAUGAGGUCAGCUCUUGAUAUUUUUAGCCACAAGGACAGCCAUAACAGUUCAGACUCAUUUCAUUAUCGCUCUGACAGUGGCAACAGAGGGUAUUGAAUACUGAUCCUAAACAUAUAAUUUGCCAGGAGUGAAAAAAAUCUUAACAGGAAAGCAUAUAUUUGUAUUCUAAUUUAAGUAUUUCUCAGUCAUGUGCGUGUAUUGCUCAUGUCUUUUACUUUUUAUUUGGUAUCCUUCAGCUUAAGUAGAGCUCUCUAUAAAUGCAUCCUUUUAAAGAAAACAACUUUAAAGCAUUGUGUCUGUGCACAUUUUUACUGACAUGGCUCCUAUUUGUACAAUAUUCCAAGCACCUUCAAACUGCCAGAGCUCUCUUCUGUGACACUGGUUUAUAGGGAGCUAUUCCUACUUACUCCCACAGAGGCAUUGCCUCAAAAAGCCAAGAGAAAGAAAUGAAUUGCAGGUGCAUUGAAAUCUUACCAAAUGAAGGCUACCAUGUUAUGUGUACAUGAAAACUGGGGACAUUUUUUCCUAUGUUGAGUUUGGAUUUUUGUUUGUUUGUUUAUUUGAUUAUGAAGUUUCUCCAAAUCUGCUUAAUUGACUCUAAGAGAUAAAUACCAUAUAAUUGAAAACAGUAUUCUUUAAAUAUCUUAUAGAGAGGUGAUAACCCCAAACAUGACAUGUAUGUCUUUUUCUACAAAAUAUGACCAAAGUCAGUUAUCUGGUGUCAAGCUAGUCCUUCUGCUCUUUGUGCUGUCUCUCUCAUCUCAGCCUUUUGAUCUGAAUGAGUCCCUGCUGUGUUGUCUCCUUGUGCUGAAUAUAUGGCAGUAAUAUAUGCAGGUAUCGCACAUUAAAUGUUUAGUGAACUAAUCAGACACUAUGCUGAUACAAAAAUAAAAGUAGGAGUUAGAAGUUAUGAGCUUGUUCAAGGACAGGCUUUGUAAGUCUGGGCUCUUAUUUUGAAGGAUGGCUGAAAAUUAGUUGAUGAAGGAGGGGAAAUACAGUAAAGGGAAUAGAUUGAACAAAGAAUUAGAGAUAGCCAUUAGCAUAGUCUGUAGGGUUUGGGAGGGAAGGACAGUGAGGAGGAGUUGGACUGGUGUGAGGUAUACAGGUCAUAUAGAAAGGUGGGGCAAGUAUGAAUAAACCUUGAACGCCAGGAAGAGUUUUGUGAUUGUGGUCAAUAGUAGAGAACAGUAGUUUCUUUGGUAAAGAUGUAACUUGAUUGUAGCAUUUUAAGAAGAUUAACUUGGUAAUAUCUUUGCUUGAAAUUAAGACCAGUUAGCAGUUCUAGUAUGUCAUUGCUGGCUAACAUGGCCUGGACUAGAACAGUAAUAGGAAGUGAGAAGAAAUUAUGAGUUAGAAGUCAGAAAGAACCUAAGAAAAAAACUUUUUCGUUUGGUUUGGUCUCCAGUGACCUUUAGAAGUGUAACUUUAAUAAAAAGGUUCAGAUAAAAACCAGAUCUCUAGGAUUCAUGAAAUGUAAGGUUAUAGAUGCAACAGUCAUUGAGUACCUAACACAUUUGACAACAAAGGGGAAGAGACAAGAUGCUAAUUAGAUGUGUGGUAGAUGUUAGAAGGUGUUGCUUGAAGAUAAGUGAGAUACCUAAGUAUUUAAAGGCAGACUAUAUAGAACCAAUUGAGAGGAAAAGACGGACAAUGCUGAAGAGAAGAGAAGCUGAUCCUGUAAGGUACAGAUUUCUAUAGGUACUUUGAGGAAGUAAGCCUCCGAGCUGAGGUUACGUUGUGGGUUUAGCUUUAGAGAGGUGGGAUAUGUCUUCCUUAUUAGGUGUAGGAACAAUCAGAACAUUUAGGAGAGAGGAUAGAAUUUAGAGAAAAUAGGAAUAGUAAAGGGGCUCAUAUCAGUAAUUAUUGAAUGCAUAUUGUGUGAGAAUGGGGGCAAAAGAGUGAAGUUGGGAGCCUUUAAAGAAAGGAGAUUAACUUAAUCUGUGAGAAUAAGCCUAGAAAGGCAUUGGAAAGAAAUGAAAGAAUUGCUGAGUAAAGAUAAGGACCAAAAUUUAAAAAUUUGAGUCUAAAUGUGUAUGAUUUUGUAUUUGUUCUGCUUCAGCACAAAGCAUCAGGAGAGGACAAAGCAAAUAUUAAGAGUUUGGCGUGAAGGUGAAGACAAUUUUGAAAUACCUAAUCUUGUUAAGAAGAUUUCACUGAGGCAAGAAAGAUCCAGUGGUGUCAAUAUGUUGAAGAGAGUUCAGUGAUUUUAGGUUUCAUAGCGACAAAGAGCAGGUAUAGUCCUGUUAAGAGAAUGUCAGAUUAGGAGAUUGUGGUUAGUGUGAUAUCCACUCUGCUGAAUGAUGAAUGAGAACAAAGAAAGGAUGGCAGAUGUAUCAACUUUAGGCGUAAAGGUUGGAAAGAAGUCUAGCUUUCAUAACCCCCAUGAUCUCUACCUGCUUUCUCUCCAGUCCUUUCUUAAGAGUAGGAAGUUAGACUAUAUGAAAGAAUUGUUGAAAGUAUGGUAUUGCCUGGGAAAUCCUGGGUCAGGUUUCCUGUAAGUUGAUCAUGCAAAGCAAAACUUUGCACAAGGGAAUAAAUAUUCCUUUCUCAAAGUAUGGUAGGAGGUUGUGGAAGCAGAGUGAAAGGGAAGGCCAGGGAAGAGCCAGAGAUGAGAUUGGACAGGUGGAGGUAAGCCCAGUGAGCGAGGGAUUGGUAGACAGACAUAUUACAUAUGACGUGAAGCAGCGGUCACCAACCUUUUGGGCCUCAUGGACCACCAGUUGGUGACUGCUGAUGUGAAGGAUGGAGACCGAGGGAGUAGGUAUGGCAUAUGAGUUUGGUAAUUACAUAUUACAGGUAUGAACUAGUUUCUGACAGGCUCACAUUCAAACUGGAAAGAAACAGCUUUCUAUCUACAUAGGGAAAGUGUCUCUUCUUAGUUGGACUAGGUCAGUGAUGGUGAACCUUUUGAGCUCGGCGUGUCAGCAUUUUGAAAAACCCUAACUUAACUCUGGUGCCAUGUCACAUAGAAAUUUUUUUGAUAUUUGCAACCAUAGUAAAACACUUAUAUUUUUGAUAUUUAUUUUAUAUAUUUAAAUGUCAUUUAACAAAGAAAAAGCAACCAAAAAAUUAGUUUGUGUGUCACCUCUGACACGCGUGCCAUUAGUUUGCCAUCAUUGGACUAGGUAAUUCUGCUUCAUUUAUAUAACAAAUUGGCAUUAAAAGCAGUAGAUUGGUGAAGAGUAGAGAAGAGAGAAAUUAAGAAAUUUCUUAUAACUGACUAUGAAAACACUGUAACAGUUUUCCCCAAAAGAGAAUGUGCCCUGUGAAUAGGUGCAUACCUUCAAGUUGUUAAACUAAUCUACUCUUGGUCCUUAUAUUUUGUAUUCUUAGAUGUGACCUUUAGGAAAAACUGCUGCAGAUGUAGUGGAAUAGGGAUGGAGAUAAAAGAGAUACAGAACACAUUUUUCCUCCUUACUUGAUUAAUAGCAAAUAUGCCUAAUUUGGAAGCACCCUUAAUUUUCUGACACUAAAAUAUUUUAAACUCCCUGAACUUAUUUCAUAUAUGUCAGCUGAGAUGUCAAGUAUGACACUUAAAAAUGAUAAUGCUUCAAAGUAUAAGUCGUUGUUCAAGAAUACUUGUGUUUGUGAAACCAUGCUGAUAGAGCAAGAAGCCACUGCUCCUUGGACCUCCUUACUGCCCUAUGAUUUGCUGCCAACAGUAUUAUAUUGCUGGGCAUGCUAGCCUACGGCUUCUUUAAUCAGAAGCUUUUCCUAAAGAAUUACUCUUGAGAAUUCAGGAUUCGUUAAGGAGAAUGAAACUUUGUUCCACAGAGUUUUAGAGUGUCUUCCUUUGAGUUAUACAGAAAUCUGGUUUGUAAUUAUUAGGUUCCUAGAAGUGAGGGCAAGCCUCAGCAAUCUAAGCUGCUUGACAAUAUGACUGAAGUACCUAGAAGUUCCAUGAAACCACUGGAAAUUAUUGAACCAAUCCAUUUUCCUUAGACCAAACUUCCUACGGUAGCUAUUGAUUUGACUUUCUUCUUGGCCCAAUUCACAUGUUACAAUUAUUCUAAAGGUUCCUGGAAGCUCCAAACUAGCCCUGGAAUAUACUGAACCUAGAAUAGUUUUGUUCCAGCUUCUUUUUGGUACUGAGACCCACUGUUGUGCUCUGCUACAAAGGAUACCCCCAAAAUACCCCUCUCGCUAUAAUUUCUAAAGCCUUUACAGCACCCAGUACUUUAAAAAAAAUGAGGUGAAAGUCACAUACUAUACAAUUAAUUACUUUAAAGUAUAUAAUUCAGUGGCCCAGCACUUCUUUAGCUCUCAGUGUUAAAAUAGAAUAAAUAACCCACUCCAAAUCCUGAGAAUUUUGGCCUAUUCCUUGUUGUGGCUUUGUGGUGGUAGCUGCAUCUAAACUCGGUGUCUCAUCUGGUAGGCUGAAAGGCAAAUAGUACACCUUAAUGUAUCUCACACUUCUUCACUGGAGUACUUAAACUGGAUCAAGCAACUUUUAUACCCCACUCUCUCCUAAAAAAGGAGGUGUGUGGGGCGGGGAGGCCAAAGAGCUGUAGACAGGAGACCUCAAGAUACUUCCUUUCCUGAGUGGGUAAAAAGUUUGAAACAACCAUUUCAAUAAUUUUGAAAUGACAAUAAUGGUAUUUCUGUCUUCGUGACAUUUGAUUAGUGUUAUGUAAAAGAAAAGGUUUGCUUAUCAAAGUUGAAGUGUAAGCCUAGUGUUGUAUGAGUAUGUGUGUGUUGGGUUAUAUAUAGUAAUUUUCAAUUAAAUCCUCCAGUUGGUGGAUGGAGCAGAGGAAAAAGUGUCAGGCCAUCUCUGUGGCUUUUCAUGUUUUUAUUCCUGCUGUAUUCUGAUUAAAUUAUAUGUUCCAGAUAAUGCUAUAUUUAUAUUCUGUCUUUCUCUAAGUAAUUUUUGAAAGAAAUAAAGACCCUAUUUAAAUGCAAUAA